AUGCCUCGUCACAAGCGCCCAUUAGUAGUCCAAGCCCGCAAUCAAACUAAUCAAACAGGAAAAGGCUCUCGUCGCACAUCGUUGGAUCGAGAAACUGCCCUGAAAGUGUCUGCCGCCUGGGUGGAAUGGAUUAGGACUGGCGAAAAGAUAAUGACCAGAGAUGAGAAGCGCAUACACGAGGCCUUCGGACUAGUGGCCGACAAACAUUACACGGAUCCAUAUACCUAUACCGCUACUUUGCAGCGCGCUCAUGCCAUCGGUGGUAAGGAGCUCACCGCCAUUAUUGCCCUUGCCAUCGGCAGGUCGGCCCACAGGGAAAUGAGGAAGGAAUGGAGGAAGGAACUUCCAGCGAUACUGGCGCAGGAAAAAUGGCAUCUGUCCACCCAUAUCAGAAAAUACGUUCAUAAUCUUAAGGAUCGGCCGAUUCUAGAAGAUGAUGAUCAUUCCACCCACUUCAGCGAAACUGCCUCAGCAGUUACAGCGGCAAGCGAAUCCUCCAACGAACCCGAACUGUUAGCGACAGACCCGACACCUUCGCAACCGGCAGCCGUCUCCUUCACGCCCCAGCCGCACCAUCAGACGGAGCUUACCGGGAGCGUAUAUGAGCUUACCCCGGACGACCUCUUGGAGCUCUCAACUGGGCUCAUUACCAAAAAGCUCAGUUGCCCAGGACCUUUGUUGCUGACGGAACCCUUUCACCCGCUAGCAAAGCCAUUCCUUACCGUCCCCAUCACCACUCAACUCUGCCUCUACUUCCGCAGUCAACGCAGACAGGUUAUGUAG